GGGGAGACGGCUAUACCGGGGAGGAUGGCUCGGGGUUCGAAUCGCGGACUCCGGGAGAAGUGACCGCGGAAUAACCGGAGCAAGAUGCCUGGGCGGUUGCAGACGGCGCUGAGGGUUCUGGGCACCAGUGUUUUUGCCCUGCUGGUUUUAGGAGGCAUUCUGGCUGCCUAUGUGACCGGAUAUCAGUUUAUCCAUACGGACCGGCACCACCUGUCGUUUGGAUUGUACGGAGCCAUACUGGGCUUGCACCUGCUCUUUCAGAGCCUUUUCGCCUUUUUUGAACACAGAAGAAUGCGUGGAGGGGGACGGAGUGUGUCCGGAACCUCCUCAGUGGCUCUGUGCAUCGCUGCCUAUCAGGAAGACCCCGAAUACUUGAGAAAGUGCCUACAGUCGGUCCGACGGCUUUCCUACCCCCACCUCCGGGUAGUGAUGGUGGUGGAUGGCAACUCCGAGGAGGACAGAUACAUGAUGGAGAUUUUUCGGGAAGUCAUGGGAUCGGAAGGCACCGGAUGCUACAUCUGGGACACCAACUACCACGAAACAGAAGAAGGGGGUCAGGAGGGUGAGAGGGGUGUUAAAGAACUGGUGGAAAACUUUCCUUAUACCUGCAUUAUGCAGAAGUGGGGAGGGAAAAGAGAGGUGAUGUACACAGCAUUCCGGGCACUUGGAGACAUUGUGGAUUAUAUACAGGUCUGUGAUUCGGACACGGUGCUAGAUCCGGCAUGUACCGCAGAGAUGCUACGUGUUCUAGAAGAAGACCCCAAAGUGGGUGGCGUUGGUGGGGAUGUGCAGAUCCUCAAUAAAUACGACUCGUGGAUCUCGUUUCUGAGCAGCGUUCGGUACUGGAUGGCAUUUAAUGUCGAGCGGGCCUGUCAGUCCUAUUUUGGCUGUGUACAGUGCAUCAGUGGCCCACUGGGAAUGUAUCGAAACAGCCUUCUACAACACUUCCUUGAGGAUUGGUACCAUCAGACCUUCCUUGGCCAGAAGUGCAGCUUUGGGGAUGAUCGGCACUUAACAAACCGUGUCCUGAGCAUGGGAUACCAGACAAAGUACACAGCAAGAUCCCGGUGCCUUACUGAGACCCCCACAAAGUACCUGCGCUGGUUGAACCAGCAAACCCGCUGGAGCAAGUCAUAUUUUCGGGAGUGGUUGUAUAAUGCACUCUGGUUCCAUAAACACAACCUCUGGAUGACCUACGAAUCUGUGGUCACAGGCUUUUUCCCCUUCUUCCUGGUGGCAACCGUGGUGCAGCUUUUUUACCGUGGCCGUGUUUGGAACAUACUCCUCUUCCUGCUCACGGUGCAGCUUGUGGGCAUUGUGAAGGCGACGUAUGCAUGUUUCCUUCGGGGUAAUGCUGAAAUGAUAUUUAUGUCUCUCUACUCACUCCUCUACAUGACCAGCCUGCUACCAGCAAAAAUUUUUGCAGUUAUCACAAUUAACAAGUCUGGGUGGGGAACGUCUGGGCGUCGGAAGCUGGUGGUGAAUUUCAUGGGCAUGGUGCCUGUGUCAGUGUGGUUCUGCGUCCUGCUGGGCGGGCUGGUGUACACCGCAUAUUGCCAGAGCCAGGACCCUUUCACCGAGACAGAGAUGCUAUUCCUGGUGACUGGCGCAAUAUUGUAUGCAUGUUACUGGGUGGCGCUGCUUAGCUUAUACCUGGCUCUGGUUGCCCGCCGCUGCGGGAAGAAGCAGGAACUUUACAGCCUGGCACUAGGUGAAGUGUGAGGCAAAAGGGACGUUCCAGUAUUACUGUAAGGACUGGACAGAAACUCUAGGGAGAAGAGAUGGGAAGUGCAACCAGCAUUUUAUAUGGACUCAGAACACCUUGAAAAAAAAAAUCAGGAGACCUUGAACAGUCCAAGUUGUGAAUAAUUCAGAGAGGGAACACACGAACAGGGACGGUUUCUCACCAGCAAAGUCUUACACAUCUACGACUGCACUAUGCAAACACAUACCUCAAAACGUGAGCCAGUAGCCAAAGCAAUACAAGCCCUCCUGGGCACAGCCUUAAUAGCAACAUUCAGUCCCUGUAAUCGGGGAACAUCAACACCCAUCUCACUGUGAGCACCAUACAUGUCCGCAUCCAGUAUUGAAGGGAGCAGUGACCUCUAUCUUCGGCAGGGUAAACAAAGCCAAAUGUAUUCAACCUCACCAAACCCCAUCCUUCUGUCCUUUCACUAACCAUGCAGUUUGAACACAAUGCUGCGGCCAUCUUAGCACUCAAUGAUACCGGUAGAAAGGAGAGGAGCCUGGGUCAAUAUGGCACCACUUGCAGAAAUUCAAUAUGGAUUCCUGAUACUAAUAGACAUGAAUUAUAAAUACAUUUUGAUUCAUGAAUCCAUAUGUAGAUUGUAAACAGUGAUCCGACCGUGCUGGAAUGGGAUGAAGCAAUAGUAAAAUGAGGUUUAAUACUUACUGUAAAUGUAAGGUCAAUGUAUUCACUGUGGUAGCAGGACAGACAGCCAUAUCAUCAUACCAUUGCCAGCGCUAGGCUUCCCACUAUGCAGCACUAAGUAACCUUAGAAUGUAUUCUGCUCAGGACUGGUCCAUUUCCCAUAGUGCACUGCAUGCCUAGUGUCCUCGGCUGGUAAAGGGCCUAUACCGAAUUUAUAACCCAAUUUCCAGCCUCCAAGUUGGGCACAGAAUGCUACAGACAUUAAAAUCCAGUAAAUAUGCAAAGCCCAAUACCCCCGCUGCCUCUUCUCUUAGCAAUGCAUAUGGGAUAGAAAGGGAAUGCACACAGUUCUCGAAUUCCACGAGAUUGUAACAAAGGGAACUGAUUUUACAUUAACCUGAAAUUGCUGCUUGUAGAAUGCCCAUGUGGUGGCUGAUAGCUGCAUUGACACACACACACACCCAAUAAAUGGGAAACGUAAUGUGAAUAGGGUCUAGGCACUGCAUGUCCAGCCACGGAGAGCUGCUUUGAUCAUUGAAAUCACAAGAUAUGUAAAAACCUGUCUUGCUUUACAACGAGGGACUGUAAUGAGGGUUACUGAAUGAAUGGAGGGAACUUAAUCACAGCUUGCCUAACUUAUUGCAUAAACAAAUCUGGGCUAUGUGUAUACACA